GCUGGAGAGGAAUGGCUACCGUGAUGAGAGGCAGUACCCAAUGGGUUUGGUCUUGGUCCCAACUAGAGAACUAGCUUCCCAAGUCCACUCCGAGGCAGUAAAGUACUCCUACCGCUCCCUUAUCCGGCCUUGUGUUGUGUACGGAGGGACCAGCAUCACCACUCAGAUGAGAGAUGUGGCUAGAGGCUGUGUUCUGCUGGUGGCCACCCCAGGAAGACUGGUUGACUUCAUAGAGAGAGGCAGGAUUGGACUUGACCUAUGUCGACGGAAGAGGAGGGACAACUGCAUCUGCCCACACCGUCACAUACGCCACUCUCUGUCCAUCCUGGGUCUGUAGGUGGUGGGACAGCUGGGAUCAUAGGAUUCACCUUGGCAUACACCAGACCCUAGCAGAAAAGAUAUAUGUGAGGUGGAUGAUGACGGUACUGCUACUACCUUGGUUAG